GGCUCUUUGUUUAUCAAAACUUAUCGCGUGCGUAUGAUCUUUAGAUCGUCUGUGAAGAAACUCUACAGCGGUAUCAAGUGCAGCAACAAAGAGCUCCUGACCAAGCUCAGCAUCUUGUUGGUGAUCAACGGUCUAGCCCAACUGGCUAUCGGUUUCACCGAUCAAUUCGUCAAGACCUCUUAUGUGGUUGAGGACACUGUUUGGCUUGCAUGUAAGCAGACAUGGGGUCUGUUGUCGGUGACGCUGUCGCAGGCCUGUUUGAUGAUGGU